CCGCCUUACAAUAACAGUCGUAACUCGAGACGGGGAGCAAGAUAACAUGGGAGCAAUUUGACAUGUCACACCGGCGCUUGACAGCUGCAAACCAAUACCUGUUUGCAACAUCAUAAUACUGAUAAUGUAAUCAUAAUAAUAGGUGAGGGGAGGGGUGCGGGCGCAGCGUGUCUUAAAUGGGAAAUUUGUUGGGCAACUGGCGAUUCAAGGAGCCGAGCACGGUGGAGGAAUGCGACUCGACGUGGGGUUCGGACUCGGAGGGCGACGAACCGGUAGCGGAGGAGGACAGCGGCAUCUCGGAGAGCGUCAGCCCGGCGGAGAACGAGUGGGCAGUCGGAAGCAAUGGAGACUCGGCCCUGAAGUUGACUGACUCUCCUGAGUUUCUUCCAAAGAUGAAGAGAAGUUUUUACGCUGCCAGAGAUUUGUACAAAUACCGCCACUGCUAUCCGAAUUACAAAAAGUCCCGGCAACCCAACGAGUACCGCAACCUACGGUUCUACCUGAACAAGAUCCCACUUGUACCUGACGGUAUCUACAUAGAAGAGAUUUUGACAAGGUGGAGAGGUGAUUAUGACAAGCUGGAGCACAAUCACACCUAUAUUCAGUGGCUGUUCCCAUUACGAGAACAAGGGCUAAACUUCUACGCACAUGAACUGACUCAGGAUGAGAUUAAAGAAUUCCAAAGCACUCGAGAAGCCAAGCGGAGGUUCUUGGCAGCUUACUCCCUGAUGUUGGACUUUUACGGCAUCAAACUUCUCGAUAAGAGCGGAAAUGUCGCUCGUUCUUCCAACUGGCAGGAACGCUUCCGUCACCUUAAUGAGUCACAGCACAACUACCUGCGCAUUACUCGCAUUCUGAAGUCGCUGGGAGAGCUCGGCUACGAGGCCUUCAAAGCGCCAUUGGUGCGCCUUUUCUUGGAGGAGUCGCUGCAUCGCAACACGCUUCCCAACAUGCAACACAGCAUCCUGGAAUACUUUGUAUACACCAUCCGCCGGCCGGCCGCCCGCCGACAGCUGCUACGCUACGCCCGCAAGCACUACAGGCCUGCUCACGCCUUCCUCUGGGGUCCUCCAUCUAAGAGGUCCAAAGCUAGAAGUGGAGAUGCCGGUGCUAGUACGGGGGCCGGGAGUAGCGGGAUCCGAGCACCUGCUCCCACACCCGAACCGCAGAGGAGGGGGGAGAUGAGCGCCAUCCUUGCCUCUGCAUGUAGCGAGACAAUUUUGUCUUACCAUGAUGCCACGGAUGUGGCCGGACAGAACCUGGAUGGAUAUACGCAACUGGGCUCCAGCAUGCAUGGACUGGAGGGGGCUCUUAUUAUCAUGCUGGAGAGGAGUGAUUACAAUGAGGCUGUUCCUUUGUAAGGUGCCAGUUGUCUGCUUUGACUCAUAUCGGCUUUUAGAAGUAAAGUUGAUAUGUGAAGAAAAACUGCUUGUAUACAAACAAUAGGAAGAAAGUAAAUUAAGACAUUAGUCAGAUUAGCGUAUUACUCGUUGUUAGGGUAGAAAAUCAUAAGGGCUUAUAAUAUAUACACACACAGACACACACACACAUAUAUAUACUAUAUGAAUGCUGUUGAUUAAUUUAAAACAUGCUCGAGAAUCUUGGCUAGGAUGAGACAAUAAAAUAAGACCACAUGUGGACAAAACACCCAAACCAUGUGAAAUGGUGGAGGCCUCUAUCAGGGACAUUGAAACACAAGACUAAAGGCCUUAUAUUUUUGUCAGCCAAUGUGGUUGCUGAUGUUUUGGAGCACCUGAGAAGCAGGUGCUUGCCAUGCUUGAUCCACUGAUACAAUUAAUCAAACCCUGAAACUGGAGCCACAGUAGGAACCAGGAUGAAGUAUACUCUGUGUGACAAUGUGAAGUGAGAUUUCAGGGAGAACCUUUCUAUUAUUUCUUAUCAAACUCAGUAAAACAGUUGUGCAGAGUAGGUUAAGAACACAUAGCAAUACUUGAUCAAUUCUAUAUAUUUUAGAGUAGUGAGAAAUUCAGGUUUUGCCCCUGAAUGCUGUUAAAUUAGUUGGUGCAAAUCAUACUCCUUACAAACCCUCCGCAAAGACAUUCAUGUGACUCACUGGUAUUUGUAGCCAUUUAAAAUAGGCCACGCCUUUUUAGUGACAUCACUAAACUGUACCGUCUUUAUAAAAAGAUUAAUGCAAUAAAUAAAGUACAGGUCAAUAAUACACAAAUAGCCAAAUGUACAUUAUGUGACUCACAAAACCUUCUGCGUGCUUGAUGCACCUAAAAGUCGUAUUAUUUCCGCAACAUGUCAUAUUUAGUGCCUGGCCUACAGGAUUUAUUGGUGUGAUUGAAAAUAGUAAGUAGGUAAACGUGUGACAAAUUACAAUUAUAAGCAUAAUAAAAUAUUGGUAAAUCCUAAUCACCCAAUGAAAGGUUAAAAAGUGUUACCAAUCAUAUUUAUUCACAUGAACAAUUUACAUAUCCUUAAUAAAGUCACGUAUUUGUAAAGUACUGUACAGUACCUUUAAAUACCAACAACACUAACACAUUAUCUAUGGUGUUUGUUUUGUCAAAUAUAGUAUACUGUAUAUCUUUUUUGAAAAUAGAAAAAUAAAAUAGUACCGCGAUUGUGAAUACAAAAAAAAAAUCAGAAUUUUUAAUAGCAUUACCCAAAUAGUAUUGGGCACAAUUCUUGGCAACUGGUGGCAAUAACAGGCCUCAAAUUGAGUAAUGUGUGAUGUGCUCAACUUUUUGGACAAUUUUUGUUUUCGUGGUAGAAACGUAUUAAGUGUAUGGUCAGAUUGCCAAUAGAGACUACAAGUGCAAGCUAUACAAUUUAAAACACAAUGAAGUUUAAAAUGAAUAUGUGUACAUUUCAUUAAUUAGUCGUUUUUAGGGAGGCUAUGUAUAUGACAACCCGACUGUGAUAGUGAAUUGCGUGUGAACAAUAUGAGCCCAUAAAUGUGAGUUUUUAAUAUGCUAUUAUGAGGGUAUAAAUGCACUUAAAAAAAACGUUUAAUUUUUUGCGUGAGCAGCGCCUUAUGCUGGAGUGAUAACAUUUGUUACUCUAUCUUAACCUCUAUUGCGUAUUUAAAUGUACUUGGUCCUGUAUAAGGUUGGCGUGGUCACGAUUUUGAGGUUUUUCCUAGGACCGAAAGCGUGUUUUUUUUCCCUCAGCCAGACAGGCCUUCUCAAAUAGAAUUUGGCAGACGCUUAUGUUUGUAAAGAAAUGCCUUCACCGACUUCCUGACUAGUGUUCUUCCUGCUGGGUGACAAGGUCGCAGCCAUGCAUUUGAUGAAAUUGUAAAGCUAACUUUUCAGGUGAAAUAUAUGUUCAUAUGGGCUAAACUAUUUGACUUUUUAAGCAUACUGUGUGUAUUAUCUACUGUAUGUGGGUAUGUGUUGCGGGUACGUGUGAACGUAAUAUAUCUAUAAAGUGCCUCUUUUGUAUUAAAUUGGUGUCUAAAAUGGUAGUAUUUCCCAAAUCACUUCUUGUUUUUUUUUAUAUAGAAUACAUAUGUAUAUACUGUACAUUUAAAAAUGUGUGGAAAUUGGAGAAAACAUCUUGUAGUUUGUAUUUGGUUCAUUUAAUGAUUGUUCCAUGUUUCACUAUUGUUAUAUUAGUACUUCCUGGACUUUACAGUAUACUAAGCUUAUGUAAGGCACAAUAAUUCAAAAUGAUGCACAGAUAAUGAAAUAAAAAUUGGGCGUGUA